AUGGCUUUGUUUACUGUCGGUCGUGAUCGUCAUCGUCGUUCAGCAGCGGGGCGUUUUAGUAGUUUUUUAUUAAAUGUCGCAAUUUCAUUUCUAUUCUUGGGGAUUCUUAUCUCCCCGGCUAGCUCGGAAACCUAUCACUAUGAGACAAAAGAAAUCGAAGUUCCUGUGGAUCAUUUCAAUUUUGCUCUAAAUGCCAGCUUCAAACUGCGAUAUCUGAUCAAUGACAGCUAUGUGGAUAAACAGGCAGAUAAGAUUCCAGUGUUCUUCUAUACCGGCAAUGAAGGUGACAUUGAAACAUUUGCCCAGAAUACAGGAUUUAUGUGGGAAUUGGCCCAGAAGUAUCGUGCCUGUGUUGUGUUCGCCGAACAUCGUUAUUAUGGCAAGUCGCUGCCAUUUAGCAAUGCGACCUUUAAUCUGACCCAGAAUUAUGGCUAUCUGAGUGUGGAACAGGCAUUGGAGGACUUUGCAUGGUUGAUUGCCAGCAUGCAGGAGAAAAAUAAUAAAUAUGGUCCGGUUAUUGCAUUUGGUGGUUCGUAUGGUGGUAUGCUGUCGGCCUGGUUGCGUAUGAAAUAUCCUCAUUUGGUUUAUGGUGCCUUGGCAGCCUCGGCCCCAGUUCGUCAAUUUGAUGGCCUCACAGCCUGUGACAUCUUUGCGAAAAUAACAACCUCGAUAUUUGCCACAUCAUUUAAUAAUCGUUCCUGUGCUGAUAACAUACGCAAAUCAUGGGAGUUAUUUAAACAACUGGCCUCUUCGGACGAUGGCAAGAAGAAGCUGAAUACGGUCUUUAAAUUUUGUGAUCCCAUUAAAUCCGAAGGAGAUCUAAAUAAAUUCUUUGAUUAUCUAGAGGAUGUCUAUGGUAAUUUGGCCAUGGCCAAUUACCCCUAUGCAAAUGAUUUUCUAAGUCCCCUGCCACCAUAUCCUGUGCGGCAAUUCUGUUCAUAUCUACAAUCGCCGGUGACGGGAGACAAACUCUUGGAUGGUAUGCAACAGGCAAUCAAUGUAUAUUUCAAUUUCACCGGUUCGGCAAAAUGUUUGGAUUACAGAUCAGCCUAUGACCCCACUUCCAUUGGUGGUGAUGCCUGGGAUAUACAAACAUGCAAUCAAAUGGUUAUGCCUAUGUGCUCCACCCCCGAAACAAUGUUCCGCCCCAAAGAAUGGAAUUUCAAAGAGUAUUCGGAUAAAUGUAUGGAAAAAUAUCACAUAAAACCGAAACUGAAUGACAUCACAGUGCGUUAUGGUGGACGAAAUGUUCGUGAAAUAACCAAUAUCAUAUUUAGUAAUGGUCUGCUGGAUCCCUGGAGUGGUGGUGGUGUUUUACAAACCGAUAAUCCUUAUGUUCACAUAAUUAUUAUACCCGAGGGGGCACAUCAUUUGGAUUUGCGUGCCAAACAUCCUAAAGAUCCGAAUUCGGUGUUGCAGGCUCGCGAUCGAGAAUCGAAUAUUAUUGGAAAAUGGAUUAACGAUUAUCGUUGGUAAAU